GACCUGGCAACGCUGAAGGCCAUUCGCAAUGAAUGGCUGGCGGUGGGGGUGCUGCAUGAAGACCUGUGAAAAGAGAAAGUAUGGUGGGGCUCUACUUUAGGGCUUUAUAGGGUUUAUGGGGUUUAUUUACGUCAAGCUCCACCAAGGGCUAACAUCGAAACUCUCACCCCAGUUGGAAGUUUUCAGUGGAACGAAGUUGAGAAGAUAAAAUAUAUUACUAAGAUUGAGAUUGGUAUUGCUGGCCCGCAAGCACAAGUUUUUUGUUAAUAACUUUUGUAAGGUUAUAACGUCAAAAUGUGGUCAACAAACAAUUCGGUGAACAACAAGGAAAACAAAUCGAAUCAACGCCUAGAGACAUUGGGAAUGACUUCACCAAUAUCUAUGGCUUCUCCGAAACAGAUUGACUUGGUACGAACCAAAGAGCUGGAAAGUGCCCUUAAUAAGUUUGGUGUGUUUGAAAGUGCCCACGAGCUCAACCAUAGGAUGAUGGUAUUGGGCAAACUUUAUUUUCUGGUUAAGGAAUGGAUUAAAUCGGUCUCAAUUAAGUGCAAUCUUCCUGAAAGUGUAGCGGAAAGUGUUGGAGGCAAAGUGUGCACGUUUGGCAGUUAUAGACUAGGGGUGCAUAGUAGAGGUGCUGAUAUCGAUGCUCUUUGUGUAGCUCCAAAACAUGUUUCGAGAAAUGAGUUUUUUGAAUCAUUUUAUGAACUACUAAGACAACAAUCUGAAGUAACUGAACUAAGGGCUGUUGAAGAGGCAUUUGUUCCGGUGAUUAAAAUGAAUUUUGAUGGUAUAGAAAUCGAUAUGCUGUUUGCCCGAUUAUUUCAAAAGGAAAUUCCCGAUUCAAUGGAUCUGCAAGAUGAUAACGUGUUAAAAAAUCUUGACCAAAAGUGUGUGCGAAGCUUGAACGGGUGUAGAGUUACGGACGAAAUUUUGCGAUUGGUUCCAAAUGUUGAUACGUUUAGAUUAACGUUGAGGGCCAUUAAACUAUGGGCAAAAAAACACGGGAUUUACAGUAAUGUUCUUGGAUAUUUGGGUGGUGUAUCUUGGGCAAUGCUUGUAGCGCGUACAUGUCAGUUGUACCCUAGGGCUGCAUCUGCAACAUUGGUGCACAAGUUUUUCCUGAUCUUUUCCAAAUGGCAGUGGCCCCAACCUGUUCUGCUUAAACAACCGGCCAAUGCUAGUUUAGGAUUUGCUACGUGGGAUCCGCGUGUGAACGUCACCGAUCGUUAUCAUCUCAUGCCCAUCAUAACGCCCGCUUAUCCUCAACAAAAUUCCACCUUUAAUGUAUCGCAAUCCACGCGCUCAAUCAUGAUGUCCGAAUUUCAGAUUGGUUUACAGAUUACCGAUGAAAUUAUGUUGGGCAAAACUCAAUGGGACAAGCUAUUUGACCCGCCACCGUUCUUCACAAAGUACAAACAUUUUAUUAUAUUGAUUGUGACUUCAUCGUCUGCCAAGGAACAUUUGGAAUGGACCGGUUUAGUCGAGAGCAAACUUCGAUUUUUGAUUGGAACUUUGGAGAGAAACGAAUCGAUAACGCUUGCUCACAUAAAUCCGGAAAGCUAUUCGAUGCCUGAAUCACAAAAGGACCCCAAAACCCAAUGCUCGAUGUGGUUUAUUGGACUGGAAUUUCAAAAAAUUAAUGAGUUGAAUUUGGACUUGACCCAAGACAUUCAACAAUUUACUGAGAACGUAAAUAAACAUGCACGCAACAUUCACAUGUAUACCGAAACAAUGCAAUUAGAAGCCAGGCACGUUAGGAGGAAACAGUUGUCCCAGUACUUACCGCCUGGAGUAAUAAGAAAAGAACGCCAGUUAAGUCUUACCACAGUUAAAAAUGCAUCUACUCCUGAUUCACGAAAGAGGCGAUCUACAGAUCCCCCAGCCACUGAAUCGGCGAACAAAAAAUGUAAAAUUUCAUGCAGUGAAGUUAAUUCGACGACUUUUGAUGAAAGUUCAAAUACGUCAUCUUUGGUGACUAAUGAUGACUCUAGUAACAGUUUUGAAACGUCACUGUCUAAUACGAUGACUUCAAGUACUGUUCAGUCUGCUGAGAAUGGGCCCACGAAAACUGUCUGUACAUGAAAAUGGUGGUGCUGCCCCCAAAGUGGGCCUGUUCUGCAUGAUGGUAUCUUUUCUGCAGUGGUGAUGAGAUAGAAAAAAAAAGGAAAAAAUGAAAAAAAUGACGAGCUUGAUCCGACCGAACUGGACAAGUAUGUAUAAAGUCGACCUCCACGAGUAAAAAAAGACUAAAAUAUUAUCGUAAUGAUAUUUUUUCCAUUUUUAUAUGUAACGGUUUUGUUGUAUUUUCGCAACCUUAUUGUAAAUAUUCUCGCAAUGAAUAUUUACAAGUGCAUUGUGUGAUUAAUUGGGCGAAUGUGCAGCAGUUUCAAUGUAGAAUUUUAGUUCCUAAUUUAGUAUCUAUGGGAAAUUAUUCAUUGUAAUUUUAUCGUUGCGAUAGUAUUUUACUCGUACAUAUAUUUUUGGAUUAUUUUAGUAAUUAUAAACCCUUUAGAUACGUUGAAUGCAACUUUAGUUCACAAUUUCUUUAUACCCAUGUAAAUGUGCUAAUAGAUCUGAUUUAACACAGGGGGAAUAUAUGAGAAGUGCAAUAAUAAUGCUACCAUUAUUGUAUUCCCAUGGAAUUACCUCCUAAAUAUGAACCAGAUUUUUGUUUGUAAGUGUACGUGUUGUCAAGUGUAAAUUAUAAUUUUGUAAUAAAAAUAAAUAUUUUCCCCAAA